GGGGAGGGAGAGCGCGCGCGAGCAAGAGCCCCGCCGUGACGUGAGCGCUCCACCCAGGUGGCAUCUGAACUGAGUAGCGAGAAGCGGAUGGAGCGCCGUGCGAGGAGGGGCAGAGCGGCGCUUGGAAGACUCGGCAGCAGCCGUCCAGAGUGACUCUCGGGCUUUCCCCACGUCUCAUGCCGAGGGGCUCUCGAGGAUGUGAGUCGACCCGGCUGCUUGUCAGGAUGCCGCCACCGCCGCCAACCUGAGGCGCACCCACUUCCCGGAGCGGUCUGAGCGCCCGCGCGCUGUUGUGUGGGGUCUCCCCUCACCCUCUGUCCUUCUACCCGCCUCUCCACACCGUUGGGAAAGUGGUCCGAUUGGGUCAAGCAGCAGGUAGCAGCUUCCUAUUCAGCCCCCCGCCUUCCUCCUCCUCCUCCUCCUCCGUGCCUUUCCCCUCACCACCUCUCCGUCCCGCAUCCUACACCGCGAGAGGAGGAGGAGGACGAGAGGCGAAGGGAGGGGGAAGAACAGCCGCUGCUUACAGGCGCCGUCGGAAGAAGUGCCGAGGAGUGGAUGAAGAAGCGACCGUUCCCCGGCCCUCGCUCGAGGACCCUCGGAAGAGCUUCCCACCUGGCCAGGUAAAAGGCAAGCAAAGAAGAAGGAAGCCCCCUCAGGGUGGCAGGAGGAGGCAGCGACCGAGGUCAGAGAAGAGCCCCUUCGCCGGGCAGCCAUGUCGGCGGCGCAGGUGUCGUCCUCGCGGCGGCAGUCCUGCUACCUGUGCGACCUGCCUCGCAUGCCCUGGGCCAUGAUUUGGGAUUUCAGCGAGCCCGUCUGCCGAGGCUGCGUCAACUACGAGGGAGCCGACCGCAUCGAGUUUGUCAUCGAGACCGCUCGGCAGCUCAAGCGGGCUCACGGUUGCUUCCAGGACGGCCGCUCGCCAGGACCGCCGCCUCCGGUGGGAGUCAAAGCCAUCGCGCUGUCGGCCAAAGAAGCGGCGGCGGCGGCAGCGGCAGCGGCGGCGGCUGCAGUUCAGGGGCUUAACCAUGUGGACGCCGCCUCCUCGAAAGCACCCUCGGGCCUAGAGCGCUACGGGCUUAGCGAGCAACGAGGCCGCUUUGAGUACCCGCCGCCGCCACCUCCAGGCAGCCUGAGUGGAAGCCAUGCGGGCCGCCUCCCCAACGGCCUGGGCGGACCCAAUGGUUUCCCCAAAGCGCCGGAUGACGGGCCGCCGGAGCUGAAUCGUCAGAGCCCGAACUCUUCUUCCUCCUCAUCCUCCAGGCGAGGAGCUCACGGCGGGCUGGUGAGUGGUCUCCCUUCUGGCAGCAGCGGGGCCCAGCUCAACGUGCCACCCAACCUCUUGCCCCAGACGCUGCUCAAUGGGCCGGCCACUUCUGGGGUGGCACUGCCCCCUCCGCGAGGCCCCCCGGCUUCCUCCUCCUCUUCCUCCUCCUCAACUUCUUCCUCAGGGGACCCGUGUGGGAAGAGGCCGGGCUCUGUGUCAAGCAGCGGGGAUCAAGAGCGGGAGCUAAAGGAGAAGCAGCGCAAUGCUGAGGCACUGGCAGAGCUGAGUGAAAGCCUCCGCAACCGUGCAGAGGAGUGGGCCAGCAAGCCAAAGCUGGUACGCGAAACAUUGCUGACCUUGGCUGGUUGCACACCCUAUGAAGUGCGAUUCAAGAAGGACCAUGCACUGCUGGGCCGCAUCUUUGCCUUUGAUGCUGUCUCUAAGCCUGGACUGGACUAUGAGCUAAAGCUGUUCAUCGAAUAUCCUAGUGGUUCUGGCACCGUGUUUUCCAGUGCCUCAGGUGUGGCCAAGCAAAUGUACCAAGACUGCAUGAAAGACUUUGGCCGUGGCCUCUCCUCAGGCUUCAAGUACCUCGAAUAUGAGAAGAAGCACGGCUCAGGGGAUUGGCGUCUCUUGGGUGACCUCCUGCCUGAGUCAGUGCGCUUCUUCAAAGAGAUGGUGGGUGCUGAUAUGCUACCCCAGCCCUACCUUGAUGCUUCCUGCCCGAUGCUGCCCACUACUCUUAUCACAUUACCCCGGGUCCCUACCUCGUCCUCUAGUGCGGGGUCAGGUGGGCCAGCCUCUAGCCGUGGGCCUGGUGGGGGAAGUAGCAGUGCAGGCAGCAGUGGUGGCAUGCGCAAGAGGAAGGCCUCUCCAGAGCCAUCGGACUCUGCAUCGGAGGGUAGCCUCAAGUUGAGCGAUGAGCAGCAGCGACAGCAAUGGAUGGCUAGCCAGAGUGAGGCACUCAAGCUUACCAUGACUGCAGGUGGCUUUGGUGGAGUGCCACCCCCUCCACCACCCUUGGGACCUCAUUCCAACCGGACCACCCCACCUGAAUCAGCCCCACAGAAUGGACAGUCGCCCAUGGCUGCACUCAUGUCAGUGGCUGAUACUCUGGGCAAUGCCCAUUCACCCAAGGAUGGCAGUUCUGUGCACUCGACCACCUCAACCCGGAGAAACAGCAGCAGCCCAGUGUCCCCUGCCUCUGUGCCAGGCCAACGUCGCCUGGCUUCCCGCAAUGGGGAUCUGAACUUGCAAGUAGCCCCUGCACCCCCCAACACCCACCCUGGCAUGGACCAAGUGCACCCCCAAAACAUUCCAGACUCGCCCAUGGCCAAUAGCGGACCCCUGUGCUGCACCAUUUGCCAUGAACGCUUGGAAGACACACACUUUGUGCAAUGCCCUUCGGUGCCCAGUCACAAGUUCUGCUUCCCUUGUUCUCGGGAGAGUAUCAAGGCUCAGGGGGCAACUGGUGAAGUCUAUUGCCCCAGUGGAGAGAAAUGCCCUUUAGUAGGUUCCAACGUACCUUGGGCAUUUAUGCAGGGGGAAAUUGCGACCAUUUUAGCUGGGGAUGUGAAAGUGAAAAAGGAGAGAGACCCUUGAAAUCAAAACAGCAAAUCCAAUGCUGUUCAGUCAUCUGAAGAUGUAGAAUUGUGAAUAUUCAAAACACAUGGGACAAUACUACAAAAAGUUUAGUCUUAUGUAUAGAUCUUAUUUUCGUCGUAUGUUUCUAUAUUUUGAAACAAAGGUAUGUACCCUUCUUCAUUUGAAGGAUAGAGCUGUUCUUUUUUGUUUUGUUUUGUUAAAACAGAAUAUAAUAUUGUUUGGUCACCAUAUAAUACCUGUUUCUCAUUUCCUUGACAGUGUGUUGGCUAGGUACAUGGUUAAAUAACCUUUAGCAAUUACCUGCUGCUGGUGUGUAUUUUUGUAAAUGUAUGCACUUCUCUAAAAGAAAAAGAAAAUAUCCCUUUUCCUUGGCAGGGCCAGUGUCAUGCCUAAAAAAAUGCUACAAAAAUGGUGACAGCUUAUGUUUUACAGCCCCAGAAUGUUAGUAUUUCACUUUUUCUCCCCCCCCCACCCCGUUUUUAUUUUUAUUUCUUUUUAUUCUUUUGCAACAUUGUAGGGUAAUAUAGGAGAGACUUUUUUGUUGCAACUUUGUAAAAAGUUUCUUUUUUUUCUAUUGAUCUGAGAAAUUUAAAUCAUGUUUUUGUUUUGUUAAUUGUUUUUGUUUUGGCUUUAUGAUGCACGGAAGCUUUUUAACACUAGAGCAAAAUUGCUGUAAAUGGAAAACAUGCUCUGUUUGUCCUUUAUACAUUUCUGUAGUUAACAGAACACUGUAAUGUGCCUUGGAGCUUAGUAAAUUGUAAUAAAUUCAAUUGAUAUUAAUA